GUUUAAAUAACGUGUCAUCUGCGGAUUUACAACUUGUCGUUUGUGGUUUUCGUUCCUUCAAUAUUUUUCUGAUUAUCCCCUCUGGCUUAUGCAAAUCUUUGACUUAUCUACUUUGAAUAAAAGGAAUGGAGCCAAAGCUGUCCUCGCAGUCUCCCUGCUCAUCAAAGGGUUUUGCAACGUUGGCUAUUAAACCCCGUGACGACGAGGCGAAUAAAAAUAUCGACAUGUUUGAACACCCUCUACUGAAUCCUGUGGUUCUCGAUAUCCUUCUCGCCCAGCUCUCCACCCCCGAAUUGAAGAAGGCUCGAUUCGUAUGCCGCGCAUGGGGCGACGUCGGCGCGACUGUGUUAGGAAAGCGGACAUUUCUCCGGGCCAACAAACUUUUCCGCUUCGAUGGGACCAAGUUGUCCGAACCGGUCGCCGUGGCUGACCAAUUGGUCCGACGACUUCGAAUCUCCUCGAAUUUCUUCUUCGACUCGUCUGUGCCAACCCAGAUGCGGGGUCAAGUAAUCACCAAGGUCAUCACUGAUGUCGCUCAUCAACGAACUCAAGAACUGAAGGUCCGCCUCGACCAGAAGAAGCAUAUGACCGCAUUUCUCACAGGGAUUCGGAAGCUGGAGUCUACAAACCUUCGACACGUUUCCCUCAAGAUCGAUAUCGAGAAAUCAUGGGGCUCGAAAUCUCCAGCUCUGGAAAAACUUAAGGAUCAACCAAACUUGACUUCGUUCAAGUUCAUACAAAAGUUUGGUGACGAUUACUACUUUACUAGUCGCAGUAGUGGCUACAACCAUCUCGUGAUUCAACCCUUCUUCCAAAUUUGGCUCGACGCCGCGCCCAAUUUGACCGUUUUGAAAAUCUCGGCCACGUCCUAUCUGGACCUGGAGCGGUGCAAAAGCAUCAAGGUGUUUGAAUUCGAAUUCAUACAUAUUCCCGAUAUUCCACUGGGAGAUUUGAACUUGACGUCGGUGGCCGGCAUGCUUACGCAAAUCAAGGAUUCCGUCGUCGAGAUGAAGUUAGCGUACUUCACGGAAGAAAUCCAUCAGCAUUAUCAGAAGGAGAUGCUUGACCUUCCCGUCAUGCCAAAAUUGGUCACCCUCGCUGUCGAGUGUAUUUAUCAAAUUCAAAAUUCCUUGGACGAAACCCGUCUCCCAAAGCUUAAAGACCUCACGCUCUUCAAAUUCCAUGAAGUGUCCGACUUAACGACCCGUCAAAAAAAUCCAUGGCGACGACACCGAGGAAUUCAAUCGGUCACAAUGAGGAUGCAGGGAACUUGCAAGUGGGAAACAUUUUCGGAAACGAUGGUCCAACUUUUCCCAAGCGUGAAAGAAUUUCAUUUUACCUGGUUCGCCAGCUAUGUUCCGAUUGAUCAUGUGACCAAGUUUUUGGAACCAUUCCAAGGCUGGAAUCUCGAAAGGGCGGACGUCGUAUUGUUAAAGAAAGGGGAACCUGCCAGUCAGACCAUAUUGGCCGGGCUUAGGAGCAUGGCGACCUGGAAGGGCGAAAUUAAAACGGCGACGUUUUACUUUAACGCGGACAGGGUCGACUUUACUGCGCAUGUCGAUGAUUUUAUUCGGUGCAGUGAAGGCUUCGCUAAUGCUGGAUAUUUUGCGGGAUAACGAAUUUGCGGACGAGAUGCAAGCCAUCUUUGAAACCAAGAAUGCUCCGAUCAGAUUCGAAAGACGUGGUUAAGAGUCUUGGGUAUCGUAAUGUGUGUCAACGUCUUUACUUAAUGAUACUCGCAUUUAUACAAAUUAUUAUUUUAAGCUCAAUCGCCAUCUACUUCUACUUAUGUUUAUUUGCAAAUGUUUGUAAUCAUUGGUUAUUAUUUUCUGUAUACUUUUAAAUUUAUACAUACAUUUUUUCAGAAAUCCUUACAAGUCACAGUCCAUACCAAUUUCUAAUGUAAUCAUUUAAGGAAUAGUGUUUGGUAUUUUAUAACCUUUUCAAAUAAAUAAUAAAAAAUGAUUCACAUCAGUUCUUUGUUGAUGCUUUGUUGAAACUACGAAAAUGUUUUCUCGUGUUUGUUUGGAAAUACAUUUUGUUUGUGGUGUAUUUAAAAUCCGUAUUUGCACUUUAAAUACCGCAUGAUGUGUCGUAUUUUUAUUAUUCCGCAUAAAUGCAAAAUUAUUAAAAU